AUGCUGACAUUGGCCACAGGGUCAGCGAGUGAUUACGAGUACAUCGACGUGCUCGUGGCAGUAGGCCAUGGUGCUGACACGUCGUCCACGUCCAGGCUGAUCGUUGACGUGGAUUUCCGGUCCCAGUUCCAGCUGGCGAGGCCGGCCCCAUGGUACGCCCACCUGUCGAGCCGGCUGCCGCCGGUGUUCGUGGGCCCGCCGGAGAAGCUGCGGCAGGCGGUGGCGCUGCUGUGCAUGGCGGCGCAGCGGUCGCUCCGGGAGAGCGGCCUGCACGUCCCGCCGUGGAGGCGGCCCAGCUACGUGCAGGCCAAGUGGCUCCCCUGCCGCGGCGUGCAGGCAUCAGCGCUGCCACCGGGCGGCGAGUCCGCCGCGGCGGCGAACGGCGGCGAUGGCCCGCGGGCGGUGGUCCAGUGGUCGGUGGGGAAGGAGAGGAGACGCCGUGGUGGUGGGCACCGGAGGUCAGGCCUCUCGGUGGAGCUAUCCGACUCCGGCGCCGGUGAGGUGAGCUGA